AUUAUCCGUACUGCCUGGUGAGUAAGGAGCUGAGGAACAUUAUCCGAUCUCUGGUGGGCAAGGCUAAUGGCGUUCUGGAUGUAUUUGUGGAUCACUGCAUCUCCUUAAUGCUACAAGAGCUGGAGAAACCUAAAGGCGAGUCUUUACAUGGCUACAGGAUCUGUAUCCAAGCAGUUCUGCUGGACAAACCCAAAACUGUGACGGGCAAUCUGAAAAAGUACUUUGAUUAUCUAUGUGAACACGAGAAAAAGCCAAUGAAAUGUCUGACCAUCAUGUGGUCAGUGGGGCAGGCAGGAUUCGCAGACCUCACUGAGGGGUUGAAAGUGUGGCUUGGGAUAAUGCUUCCAGUCCUAGGAAAAAAACCUCUGUCGCCCUAUGCUAUCUCCUACCUGGAUCGCCUGCUGCUAAUGCACCCAAACCUCACGAAAGGGUUUGGAAUGAUUGGCCCUAAAGACUUUUUCCCUCUUCUUGAUUUUGCCUUCAUGCCACAUAACUCUCUGUCUCACAGCCAACAGUCACAGCUGCGAGACUUGUACCCGAGACUGAAAGUCCUGGCAUUUGGCGCCACACCAGAGAGCACUCUUCAUACUUACUUCCCGUCAUUCCUUUCUAGAGCCACCCCAAACUGUCCAACAGACAUGAAGAAAGAGCUGCUGCGGAGUCUCAGUGAGUGUCUAAACCUUGAUGCACUGAGCUUCAAUGUGUGGCGCCAGUUAUAUGCCAAGCACUUACCGCAGUCCUAUCUCCUUUUACAACAUCUUGUUGAUACCUGGGACACGUCCUCAAAAACAAUGCGGAAAUCUCUGCAAGAGACUGUUCAGUCCUUUAACGUUACAAAUGGAGAAUUUUCUGCAAAAGGUCACAAUGUGAGAGAUAUUGAAACUUGUGAAGAAACUUGCCAGGCUCUCACACAGAAGAUGAAGGGUCGUGGAAUUCCUUGGUUUCGAAUCUUCCUUGUAGCACUUGUAUUUAUAUCGGGUUUUAUGAUCCAUGAUAUUAGGACACACGGAAGCUUUGAAGCAUCUUCAUCGGCAAAACUGCUCCACCAGUCUCGCCUCCUGCCUGGUAUCCAGCUGGCGUGGAGCAAAACGUCACAUGUAUGCCAGCAAGGCCAUAGCUGGUUAGAGGCACACGUCCCUCUGUAUUACUCUCAAGCAGUUGAAGUGUUGGGGCCGCACCUUGAGCUGCUUUGGGUAAAAUUCAAGGAAGGAGCCGUAUACAUGUCUGGAAAAUGCUCAUCGUUCAUUAACUUUGUCGUUGACAAUUUGCCGUGUUUUAUUGAAUGGGUCCAGUCACGGAUCCCAGACUCUCUGUAUCAGCUCAUUGAGUAUCUGCGAGAGCUGUUACUCUAUCUCCAUCGAAGUUACCUGCUCCCAGCCGUGGGCUACACAGAGGAAACCCUUCACAGAGUAUGGCAGCAAUAUGUUGAUUCAUGCAAUGGUGAAGUGUCUUGGAAUUGUUUAACGGGCCACGUGAGCCGCAUCACCCAUUCAUCCUGGGCGUAUUUGCUGAAGGCUACAUUGGCAGUUAAAAACUGGGCUCUGGCAAUGAUAGCUGGGUCCUAAAGACACGUGGAGGACAUUGAUUCAGGAAUGCCCCUCGGAUGAUCUUAAAACUGUAUGAUUGAGGGGGAAUACAAAUUCUGUGUGAUUGGCUCUCUGAUGAUCAAAACUGAGCCCCAGCUGGAGGGACCACAAAGGGUCUUUAUCUGUUCUCUGUGUAUAUUCUAGAGCUAAUUCAGUGAACACCUGCCGCUUUUGCCUCUGUUUAAAUGAGUUCCUGGGGAUUAACCUGUGUUCAAGCAUUGUCCGGGGCUCUUUGUACAGGACCCUGGAAAGUAUUACCAAGUAUAUGGUGGAAACCCUCUCCCUGUGACUAAACCUGUGGACCUGAUCUCGAGAUCUCCCAAAUACCAGCAACUUGCCAAGAACCCAAAGCGUGGAUUCUAGUAUGGCUUGGAAUAAAAUGCUAAGUUUGUUGGCGAUUGUCAUAGGUAUGUUGGUUGGCCCCAGCAGCCACUGAUUUUGUUUUUAACCAAAUAAAGAACUUUUUCCCCAAA